UGUUCAGUUCUGUGCCAUGUAUUCCUAUGUCUCACCAAUUCUUCAUUUGUCUAACCAGCUGCAUGCCUUCUUCGUGCUCGAAUAUGCCGGCGGGGGAACACUGUACAAAGUGAUUGAAGAUCAAGGAAGUCUACCAAUGAAGAACAUCCAGUUCUACACUGCAGAGAUGGUGAUAGCCCUACAGUACCUUCACUCCAAUGGCAUCAUCCAUCGAGAUCUGAAGCCAGAAAAUAUCUUGGUGGAUAACAACGGGCACAUCAAAAUCUGUGACUUCGGCCUCGCUGUUGAGGGAGUGUUCGGUGGAAAGAAGAUCAGCGGAUUGACAGGAACACCUGGAUACCGUGCACCGGAGGUUUUGUCAUUGGAGAAGUACAAUGCUGGAGUGGACUGGUGGUCAUUCGGUGUCAUCAUGUACGAAAUGGCCACUGGCAGACAGCCAUUUGCCCCAUCACUGGUUUCUGCACAGGAGCUGUUUGAGAUAAGGGAGAAAAAGCUUGAAUACCCACGUCACAUGAGCCAGGAAAUGCGGGACCUUCUGCCAAAGCUUCUGGAGAUGAACAAGACCAAACGUUUAGGAGCAAAUGGGAACAUCAGGGAGCACUCAUUCUAUGCCAGAGUCAACUGGAGCGAGCUGGAAAAUAGAAAAAUAAAGACACCUUUCCAGCCCAAAAUUCCACCAGCAGAUAAGUUACCAGUAAUUCAUCCAGGAUUCUGCGCUGAGACAUCUAAGAGAGCUAAAGUGGAAGGCUUCUCCGAUGUGGAUUCCAACUGGAAUUGGCAGAAGUAAAGUAUUUUCUGUGCUCAUGUGGAUUAACCUCAAACUGCCUGUACAGCAAGUGAUGACGGCAAUGUACCAUCCAUGGCCAAUUCCAUCAAUGAACAUCAGAUCUGCCAUCUACUGUCUACUGCAAGUGUACAAGUGUCUGCCCGUACAGCCAAUUACACCAGCACCACAUGGGAUCCUUGACAGAAAGUAGAGAGAAUUCGAGUCAAAGUGCACACAAAACAUCAUAGGAGGCCCCACCAGAAGAAAGGAAUAGCUGCACGCCGGACUUUCUGAAUGGAGAAAUCCAACAGACCCUUGGAUAAGGGUAAAAAUGUAUACUGAACAUACAGAGCACUUAUGGAAAUCCAGUGCACUGUUAAGUAACACCGUUCAGUAUACUUCAGUUUCUUUAUAUAGGGUAAGUUAAGUGGGGUAAGUAUAGCAUUAAGUAAGUUUUCUUCCU